GAAAACAGUGAUGACAACAUGACGCAGUGAAUUAUUGACAAAUUUGACAAUCUGCACUGUAAUCAUGGCGUCGGAGAGAUACAGUUUUUCUCUCACAACAUUUAGCCCCUCGGGCAAAUUAGUGCAAAUCGAAUAUGCUUUAGCUGCCGUAGCCGCCGGUGGUACUUCCGUCGGCAUCAAAGCGUCAAAUGGCGUCGUGAUUGCCACAGAGAACAAACACAAGAGCAUACUGUAUGAUGAACACAGUGUCAACAAAGUCGAGAUGAUAACUGGCCACAUUGGCAUGGUUUACUCGGGAAUGGGUCCAGACUAUCGUCUACUGGUGACUCAAGCAAGGAAGAUGGCCCAGCAGUACUUCUUGAUGUAUCAUGAGCCGAUCCCGACUGCGCAAUUAGUGCAACGAGUAGCUACGGUCAUGCAGGAGUACACACAGUCGGGUGGCGUCCGACCCUUUGGGGUAUCUCUAUUGAUCUGUGGCUGGGAAGAAGGACGUCCUUACCUGUUCCAGUGUGACCCCUCCGGAGCCUAUUUUGCAUGGAAAGCCACAGCUAUGGGAAAGAACUUUAAUAAUGGAAAAACUUUCCUUGAAAAAAGAUAUACAGAAGACUUGGAGUUAGAUGACGCAGUUCACACCGCUAUCCUGACCCUUAAGGAAGGUUUUGAGGGUCAAAUGACUGCAGAUAACAUAGAAGUUGGCAUCUGUGACGCGAGCGGGUUCCGUCGCUUAGAGCCAGCCCACGUGAAGGAUUAUCUGGCUAACAUACCUUAAGAUGUGUACGGGCAAUGUGCUCAAAUGAAUAAUAAACGAAUAUUUUUUUUAAGUUUUCAA